AUGCCUAGUAUAUGCAUAUCUAUCUAUCUAUCUAUCUAUCUAUCUAUCUAUCUAUCUAUCUAUCUAUCCCAUUCUGUUCCUAUCUAUCUAUCUAUCUAUCUAUCUAUCUAUCUAUCUAUCUAUCUGAGUCUAGCACUAAACUCUCAUAGAUAUAUGGCAAAUUUUAAAUAUCUAUCUAUCUAUCUAUCAAUCUAUUUAUCUAUCUAUCUAUCUAUGUAUUUCAGUCUAUUCAUAUCUCUCUACCUUUCUAUCUCCGUCUAUUCAUUUUCUAUCUAUCUAUCUCAUCUAUUCAUUUUCUAUCUAUCAAGCUAUCUAUCUCAGUCUAUUCAUAUCUAUCUAUCUAUCUAUCUAUCUAUCUAUGUAUUUCAGUCUAGUCAUAUCUCUCUACCUUUCUAUCUCAGUCUAUUCAUUUUCUAUCUAUCUAUCUAUCUAUCUAUCUAUCUAUCUAUCUAUCUAUCUAUCUAUGUAUCUCAGUCUAUUCAUAUCUCUCUACCUUUCUAUCUCAGUCUAUUCAUUUUCUAUCCAUCCAUCUAUCUAUCUAUCUAUCUAUCUAUCUAUCUAUCUAUCUAUCUAUCUAUCUAUCUCAGUCUAUUCAUAUCUCUCUACCUUUCUAUCUAUCUCAGUCUAUUCAUUUUCUAUCUAUCAAGCUAUCUAUCUCUGUCUAUUCAUAUCUAUCUAUCAAGCUAUCUAUCUCAGUCUAUUCAUAUCUAUCUAUCUAUCUAUCUAUCUAUCUAUCUAUCUAUCUCAGUCUAUUCAUAUUUAUCUGUCUAUUCAUUUUCUAUCAAGCUAUCAAUCUCAGUCUAUUCAUUUUCUAUCUAUCAAGCUAUCUCAGUCUAUUCAUAUCUAUCUAUCUAUCUAUCUAUCUAUCUAUCUAUGUAUUUCAGUCUAGUCAUAUCUCUCUACCUUUCUAUCUCAGUCUAUUCAUUUUCUAUCUAUCUAUCUAUCUCACUUUCUAUCUAUCUCAGUCUAUUCAUAUCAUCUAUCUAUCUAUCUAUCUAUCUAUCUAUCUAUCUAUCUAUCUAUCUAUCUAUGUUCGUAUCUUACUACACUACACUACGUCGUAUCUUAAUACACUACUCUACGCCGUCUCUUACUACAACACGCUACGCCGUCUCUUACUACAAUACGCUACGUCGUCUCUUACUACACUACACUACGUCGUAUCUUACUACAAUACGCUACGUCGUAUCUUACUACAAUACGCUACGUCGUCUCUUACUACAAUAUGCUACGCCAUCUGUUACCACACUACGCUACGUCGUCUCUUACAACAAUCCGCUACGUCGUCUCUUACUACACUGCGCUACGUCGUCUCUUACUACACUGCGCUACGUCGUCUCUUACGACAAUACUCUACGUCUUCUCUUACUACACUACACUACGCCGUCUGUUACUACAAUACGCUACAGUUCUAUCUUACUACAAUACGCUACGUCGUCUCUUACUACACUACGCGGACAGAUAAAUUCCUCUACCUUUAUCCGCCAUUAUUUUUCUGUCAGUCGCUUUGUUUGUUUUUUUUUUUUUGUUUUUUUUUGUUGUUUUUUGUUUGUUGUUGCUUUUUUGUGCCCUUUCCAGCGUUUCUUUUCUUUUUUUUUUCUGUCUUUCUUAUGUUUUUCUUUGAUUUUCUUAACUUUUUAA